AAUCCUGCCAAACCGCGUCUUAGAUUUCGGACGAGAGAUGAGAGAGUGCCGCCGUUCAAAUCUACUCAGUCGUCGCUUCGUCCGCGUUCAAUCACAAGGUUAAAAGCACUAUAUUUUCGUCGCACACGUAGAUCUGCGCAGUGUUCUUAACAAAUAGGGAAAUCAUCCGGUAUGACCUCAUUUCGAGAGCGUCUUGAACGUGCUGUGGAGCGUCGCUCGGCGGCCAAGAGACAAAGAGUUGUUGGGUGGAGCCGAGCCCCCCCUGUUGAGCCGCGGAUACAGUCUAGCCGGCCUACGGUUACGGUGGUGCCUGCCCCGCAUAGCUGACAGCGCUCGCGAAAUGCUUCGACGAUUUCAAGCUUCCCUUGAGGACUGGGCCGCCACGGUUGAUGCCCGUGUUGAUGAGGCUACUAGCCAUGCUGCCGAUGUCCUUCGAGCCCUUGAUGGCGAAAAAAGACGGGCUGAUGACACGCUCAACGCCCUGGAGGCAGAGAAGAGGCGCGCUGAUGAUGUGUUCAAGGCCCUAGAGGCCGAGAAGAAGCGCGCUGAUGAUGCGCUCACGGCCUUGGUGGUAGAGAAGAGAGCCGCAGCGGACGAGAGGAAGAGUCACGCUGAGGAGCUUGCACGUGCCGUCCCCACCUACAAGAGAUCUGGAGGCUUCGCCCGGGACGCUGAGGCAUAUGCCCAGAAGCACAUCGAUAAUCUAGUGACCACCUAGCUGGCUACCGAGGCGGGAAAGGAAAGGUUGGCAGAAGAGGGCGCGGUGGCCUAUCAACUAGGCAAGUAUGUGAUGCAACAGGACCUCUACACCAAUCUGCGCCAGAAGGGUGACAUUUUUGACCCGGUGGCUUUAGGGCUGCCAGCUGAGAUGAAGAACCCAGAUCCGGAGGUGCACGAGCAGACGACUGAUGCCCCGGAGGGUGGAGAGGCCGCCGCCACUGCUCCUUUCUCCUUGUUUCCUUUGGAUCGCUCUAAUGAGCCAGUUGUGACCGUCCCAUCUUCUGGAGCUAUUUCGCCCACCUUGCUGAAUCUUAGCUUCCCCGAGACCAUGGACGAGGUAGAUGAGGUGACCCUAGCCGCAUCCAUCACCAUCGAGCUCAAGCCCACUGUUGCACCUGAUUUGAACGAGUAGACUUAGGGCAACAUAGCUUUUGAUUCCUUCCUUUAUUAUGUACUUGACCCUGGUCACUUGCUGAAUGUUGAACUCUAUCUUUCUCGCUUUGAUUUAUACUUAUUUAACACCUGUGUUAAAUUUUUGUUCGA